CUGUAACACAGUAGGCACACUAACGGAGUUAUUACGAUGUCCGGUUUGUUACGCCAUUCCCACCCCUUUUCCCGACAUGAAUGGAACAUCCUGAAAGAGAUUUGGCUGUUGGAUCAGGAGAGUUGCUACUGACAACAUCGCAGGGGGCAACUUCACUUCUCUUCAGUUCGAUUCACUUUUCUUCACUUUUCCAACCGACAGCGGAAGUUCUAAGAUACUUACCAGCUACGCAUGCCGUUAUAAAUUCACCCCGUUACUCAAAAGCAAUGUUCAUUUAGAAUUUUUCCAAUUUCUUUUGAGGCUGCCCAAAAAACCGCGACUUAAAGGAGCAGGCUUCGGUUUUUUUGGGAAUGCGUCCUCAGUUUGUCAGCAAAGAGCAGAGAAGGACAGUCGUAUCUGUCAAUUCACAUCUGAAGACAUGUUGUGCUGGUUUUUGCCUGACUGGAAAGUACUGUUGCUGAUUGUACUGCUGUGGGACCGUCUCUGUGCUUUGGGAUUGAAACCCACGAGAUGGCCACUGUAUUCAAAAAAGCCUUUGCUCCUUGCUUGGAAUGCCCCGACCGAGGACUGUGCCCCCCGGCAUGGUAUUCGCUUUCAGCUGGAUCUUUUCCAAAUCGUGGCCUCACCCAAUGAGGGCUUCUUUAGGCAAAACCUCACCAUCUUCUAUAAGGACCGCUUGGGCCUGUACCCCUCCUUUAAGGCAGAUGAAACAGCGGAGAACGGGGGGCUGCCGCAGGUGGUCAGUCUCACGCAGCACCUGGAGAAGAUGACGGAUGGGGUGCAGAAGUACAUCCGGGAACCAGGGGCCAAGGGUCUGGCAGUUAUUGACUGGGAGGAGUGGCGUCCACUCUGGAUACGUAACUGGGAAACCAAAGAUGUUUACCGCAGACAUUCUCGUGAGUUGGUGCGGCAGAAGAACCCCACAUUGCCUCCGGAGCAGGUGGGAAAAGUGGCACAGCAGGAGUUUGAGAUGUCUGCCAAGAAAUUCAUGCUGGAGACGCUGAGGCUCGCCAAGAACCUGAGGCCAAACCAGCUGUGGGGUUUCUACCUGUUCCCCGACUGCUACAAUCAUGACUACAGGCGCACUCUGGAGAACUACACAGGCCGCUGUCCUGAUGUGGAGAUGGCCCGCAACGAGCAGCUGAAAUGGUUGUGGACUGAGAGCACGGCCCUCUUCCCCUCCAUCUACAUGGCCCCUGUGCUGCGUUCCUCAGACUCUGGACGACAGUUUGUCCGGAACCGAGUAAAGGAGGGGAUGCGUUUGGCAUCAACAGGCGAUGGGUUGGCACGUCCUGUCUUUGUGUACACCCGGCCUACUUACACCAACUCCCUGGAACAGCUGACAGAGACGGAUCUUGUCUCCACCAUCGGGGAGAGCGUGGCUUUAGGAGCAGCUGGAAUCAUUAUGUGGGGAGAUGUAGCUUAUGCGAGCAGCAAAAACAGCUGUUCCGACCUGGAUAUGUAUCUACGGGGUCCGCUAAGUGAAUACCUCAUCAACGUCUCCAUGGCAGCAGAACUAUGCAGCCAGACCUUGUGUGGUUCUCACGGUCGCUGUCUGCGCAGAAAUUCAGACAGCAAUGUCUACUUGCAUCUGAACCCCCUCUACCACACUAUAAGCACACAAAACGGCAGGCCAACAGUCGUCGGUGACCUUGGCAAAGAAGAGAAGACCAGUUUUCACACCGAGUUUCAGUGCCAGUGCUACAGCGGCUAUCAGGGAGUGGGCUGUGAUCAGAAAGACCCUCUACACCAAAGAGGGACGGCAUCCCAAAUCAUGGCGUCAGCACUGCAAUGUGUGAUCUUACUGAUUACCUCUCUGCUCCUCUGUUAAUACACCAUGAAUACCAAAGGCUGCAUUUUAUAUGUCUAAAUACUGGAGCAUACGAGAUGGCAA